AUGGAAGGCUCCUCCUCGCUGCUGGACGCCGAGGCUGUGGCGGAUCUGGUGCUGCUGGACCCGCUGACCGAGGAGUCGCUGGUCAGGACGCUGCGGGAGCGAUUCCGGCGGCGCGACAUCUACACCUACAUUGGGAAUGUGGUGAUCUCAGUGAACCCAUAUCAGUCCCUGCCCAUCUACACCCCGGAGAAGGUGGAGGAAUAUCGCAACUGCAGCUUCUUCGCCGUCAAACCCCACAUCUAUGCCAUCGCUGACGAUGCCUAUCGCUCGCUGCGGGACCGGGACAGGGAUCAGUGCAUCCUCAUCACCGGCGAGAGCGGCGCCGGCAAGACAGAGGCCAGCAAGCUGGUGAUGUCCUACGUGGCAGCCGUGAGCAGCAAAGGGGAGGAGGUGGACAAGGUGAAGGAGCAGCUCCUGCAGUCCAACCCUGUGCUGGAGGCCUUUGGGAACGCCAGAACUGUCCGGAAUGACAACUCCUCCCGAUUCGGCAAGUACAUGGACAUUGAGUUCGACUUCAAGGGCGAGCCCCUGGGAGGGGUGAUCAGCAACUACCUGCUGGAGAAAUCCCGUGUUGUCCGGCACGUGAGGGGCGAGAGGAACUUCCACAUCUUCUACCAGCUCCUGGCUGGGGCUUCACCACAGCUGCUCCAGCAGCUGAAGCUGCGCCAGGACUGUGGGCACUAUGGAUACCUGAAGCAGGAGGGCUCCAGCCUGCCUGGCAUGGAUGAUGCAGCCAACUUCCACGCUAUGCAGGAUGCCAUGAGGGUCAUUGGCUUCUCGCCUGCCGAGGUGACAGAGCUGCUGCAGGUGACGGCCGUGGUGCUCAAACUGGGCAACGUCCAGCUGAGCAGCAGCUUCCAGGCCAGCGGGAUGGAGGCCUGCAGCAUCAGCGAGCCCCAGGAGCUGCGCGAGAUCUGCGAGCUGAUCGGGCUGGACCCCGGCACGCUGGAGAGGGCGUUGUGCUCCCGCACGGUGAAGGCACGGGACGAGACGGUGCUCACCACCCUCACUGUCCCCCAGGGUUACUACGGCCGGGACGCGCUGGCCAAGAACAUCUACAGCCGCCUCUUCGACUGGCUGGUGCAGAGGAUCAAUGCCAGCAUCCAGGUGAAGUCGGACAGGCAGAGGAAGGUGAUGGGUGUCCUGGACAUUUAUGGCUUUGAGAUCUUCCAGGACAACGGGUUUGAGCAGUUCAUCAUCAACUACUGCAACGAGAAGCUGCAGCAGAUCUUCAUCCUGAUGACGCUGAAGGAGGAGCAGGAGGAAUACGUCCGAGAGGGCAUCCAGUGGACCCCAGUGGAGUUUUUUGACAACAGCAUCAUCUGCAACUUAAUUGAGAACAGCACCACAGGGAUCCUGGCCAUGCUGGAUGAGGAGUGCCUGAGGCCCGGCGUGGUCAACGAGGACACGUUCCUCACCAAACUCAACCAGCUCCUGGCCACACACAAGCACUACGAGAGCAAGGAGACGCAGAACGCCCGGCGUGUCACCGACGCCAGCCUGCCACCGCGCUGCUUCCGCAUCCACCACUACGCUGGCAAGGUGACCUACAACGUGACGGGCUUCAUCGAGAAGAACAACGACCUCCUCUUCCGUGACCUCUCGCAGGCCAUGUGGGCAGCCCAGCACGCUCUGCUGCGCUCGCUCUUCCCCGAGGGAGACCCCCAAAAGGUCUCCCUCAAGCUGCCCCCCACUGCAGGCUUCCAGUUCAAGUCGUCCGUGGCGAUGCUGAUGAGGAACCUCUACUCCAAAAACCCCAACUACAUCAGGUGCAUCAAACCCAACGACACCAAGUCAGCCAUGGUGUUCACGCCGGAGCUGGUGCUGGCCCAGGUGCGCUACCUGGGGCUGCUGGAGAACGUGCGGGUGCGGCGGGCGGGCUACGCCUUCCGCCAGCUCUACGGGCCCUUCCUGCAGCGCUACAAGAUGCUCAACGCCCAAACGUGGCCCCGUUGGGACCGUGGGGACAGGGAGGGGACCGAGGUGCUGCUGGCAGGUCUGGAGCUCCCCGCCGAGGAGCUGGCGUUUGGCCACACCAAGAUCUUCAUCCGCUCGCCGCGCACCCUCUUCGACCUGGAGCGGCGGCGCCAGGAGCGCGUGGCCCAGCUCGCCACCCUCAUCCAGAAGAUGUUUCGGGGCUGGCGGUGCCGGACCCAGUACCAGCUGAUGCGCAAGAGCCAGAUCCUCAUCUCUGCCUGGUUCCGUGGCCACAGGCAAAAGAACCGGUACAAGCAGAUGAAGCGGUCGGCACUGAUCCUCCAGGCGUAUGCACGGGGCUGGAAGGCACGCAGGACCUACAGGAAAUAUUUCCGUUCCAGCGCCAGCACCUGCCUGGCCAACUUCAUCUACCGGCGACUGGUGCAGAGGUACCUGGUGGGGCUGGCCAAGAACCUCCCCCCGCUGUCGGUGACCGACCGGACCUGGCCCCCGGCGCCCUACAAGUUCCUGGGUGAGACCAACCAGGAGCUGAAAAACAUCUUCUACCACUGGAAGUGCAAGAAGUACCGGGACCAGCUGCCGGCGUCGCGGCGGGCGCAGCUGCAGGCCAGGCUCUGCGCCAGCGAGCUCUUCAAGGACAAGAAGACCCUGUACCCCAAAAGCCUGCAGCAGCCUUUCCGUGGGGAGUACCUGGGGCUGAAGCAGAACCCCAAGUACCAGAAGCUGCACGCGGUGGCCAAGGACAAGCUGGUGAUGGCCGACAGCGUGAGGAAGGUGAACAGGGCCAGUGGGAAGACAGUCCCACGCCUGCUGCUCCUCACCACCGAGCACCUGGUCCUGGCUGACCCCAAGGCCGCCCAGCCCAAGACCGUGCUCAGCCUCAGUGACAUCCGUGGCGUCUCAGUCACCCGCUUCUCCGACGGCUUCCUGGCCCUGCACCUCAAGGAGGUCUCCACGGUGGGGGCCAAGGGUGACUUCCUGCUGGUCAGUGACCACCUCAUCGAGCUGGUGACCCGCCUGUACCAGACCUUCGAGGCCACCACGGGGCAGGCGCUGCCCCUGCACAUCACUGACAGGUUCUCCACCCGCUUCCCGAAGGGCGACGUGUCCAUCACCGUGGUGGAGUCCCCCAAGGCCAGCACCAACGGCCCUGUCUGCAAGAAAAAGGGCAGCAACAAGAUGGAGGUCCUGGUGUACUGAGGGGACCCUCACCAGGACCCCCACCCUCACCCUGGCACCCUGACACCCCCUUUAUGUCAUCCCCCACCCCAUGGGUGCUGGCAGCACCCAGGCAUCGCUC